CCUUAAUUAAAUAUAUAGUUUAUAAAAUGCUAGCUCCGAUCCUCACUCUCGGUCGGACUCGACUGCCUCAGAUCAGAAACAUUUGCUAGCUUGCUAGUCAUCAGAUCACCUUGGCCGGCGACAUGUCCGAUUUCAGGAAUAACCCUACUGCUGCUGAAGGUACAGACGACGACGAGCGGUACUUAUAUGGAGAUGGCAGCACCGCCUUGGAGCUGUCGGAGUUGCUCAAGUUCGACGAGUGGGUGGAAACGGAGGAUCACCCGCGGUCCUUCGCCGGCGUUUCCACCGGAUCCUCCAGUACUGGAGAGGGAGCGGGGUCGAGGUCGGCGCUGGCAAAAGAAAGGGUUGCAUUUAAGACCAAAUCAGAGGUGGAGGUACUGGACGAUGGCUACAAAUGGAGGAAGUACGGCAAGAAGAUGGUCAAAAACAGCCCAAAUCCAAGGAACUACUAUAAGUGCUCAACCGAAAGGUGUUCAGUGAAGAAGAGAGUGGAGAGAGACAGGGAUGAUCCCUCCUACGUGAUUACCACCUACGAAGGAGUCCAUAACCACCAAACUUAGCUAGCUAGCUAUACCCUCGAUCUCUUGAACUUCUGCUUCCACUUCCUCUCAUAUUUGUGCAAUGCAGAUACAUAUUGUAUACACAUGUUACUCUUAAGCAGCUGCUUGUGUAACAGAUUUUGGUUGCUUAUAUAGUUUACCCUUGAUUAGG